AUGUACUUCAAAUACGUUCUACUCUCAUUCCCACUUUUGCUCUCUUCUACUUUAGCUGGAUCAGAGCCCACUGCUACUUGGCCAGCUGAAUCUACAGGAUGUAAUCUCGAUCAAGCUCGAUCACUGUAUUCUUCUCAAUCAGCUAGAUUGGGUGGUCAGAGUACUACUGUAAUCAUGGGUUUCUCAACUUCUGGUGCUGUCAAACCUACCGAUCAAUGUGAAGACACCAUUCCUACCAAAAGAUCAGCUGUACUGGAGAAUGGUCAUGCGGCUUAUAUCGCUCCUACAGGUGGUCCAUACGGAAUGUCCAAGUAG